AUGGAUAUUCUCCCCGUCCUGCUCGCCUUGCUGUGGACCGGGGCGGGGGCCCUGAUCAACCUGAAGUACUCGGUGGAGGAGGAGCAGCGCGCCGGCACGGUGAUCGCCAACAUCGCCAAGGACGCGCGGGAUGCGGGCUUCGUGCUGGACCCCCGCCAGCCCGCCGCCUUCCGGGUGGUCUCCAACUCGGCGCCGCACCUGGUGGACAUCAACCCGGGCUCGGGCUUGCUGGUGACCAAGCAGAAGAUCGACCGCGACCUGCUGUGCCGCCAGAGCCCCAAGUGCGUCAUCUCGCUGGAGGUGAUGUCCAGCUCCAUGGAGAUCUGCGUGGUCAAGCUGGAGAUCAAGGACCUGAACGACAACGCGCCCAGCUUCCCCGCCGACCAGCUGGAGCUGGAGAUCUGGGAGACCGCCAGCCCGGGCACGCGCGUGCCGCUGGAGAGCGCCUUCGACCCGGACUCGGGCAGCUUCGGCGUGCAGCGCUACGAGCUCACCCCCAACGACCUCUUCGGCCUGGAGACCAAGACGCGCGGCGACGGCUCCCGCUUCGCCGAGCUGGUGGUGGAGCGCGGCCUGGACCGCGAGACCCAGUCCCACUACAGCUACCGCCUCACGGCGCUGGACGGCGGCGACCCCCCCAACUUUGGCUCGGUGGCCCUCAGCAUCCGGGUCAUCGACUCCAACGACAACAACCCGCUCUUCGCCGAGCCGGCCUACGCCGUCACCGUGCCCGAGAACGCGCCGCUGGGCACCCCCCUGCUCCGCCUCAACGCCUCCGACCCGGACGAGGGCACCCGCCAGCUCUUCCACCUCGACCCGCAGAGCGGCCUGCUCAGCGUCGCCGGCGCCGUGGACUACGAGGAGGGCCACAGCUACGAGCUGGACGUGCAGGCCAAGGACCUGGGGCCCAACUCCAUCCCGGCCCACUGCAAGGUGACGGUCAGCGUGCAGGACGCCAACGACAACCCGCCCCUCAUCAACCUGCUCUCGGUCAACAGCGAGCUGGUGGAGGUGAGCGAGAGCGCCCCGCCCGGCUACGUCAUCGCCCUGGUGCGGGUCUCCGACCGGGACUCCGGGGCCAACGGGCGGGUGCAGUGCAAGCUGCUGGGCAGCGUGCCCUUCCGCCUGCAGGAGUACGAGAGCUUCUCCACCAUCCUGGUGGACGGGCGGCUGGACCGGGAGCAGAGGGACCAGUACAACCUCACCAUCCAGGCCCGAGACAACGGGGUGCCCCCCCUGCAGGCCACCAAGUCCUUCACCGUCAAGAUCACUGACGAGAACGACAACCACCCCCACUUCUCCAAGCCCUACUACCAGGUCAUCGUGCAGGAGAACAACACCCCUGGGGCCUACCUCUUGUCUGUCUCUGCCAGGGACCCUGACCUGGGCCUCAACGGCAGCGUCUCCUAUCAGAUUGUGCCCUCCCAAGUUAGGGACAUGCCUGUCUUCACCUAUGUCUCCAUCAACCCCAACUCCGGGGAUAUCUAUGCCUUGCGGUCCUUCAAUCAUGAGCAGACCAAGGCCUUCGAGUUCAAGGUCUUGGCCAAAGACGGGGGCAACCCGUCCCUGCAGAGCAAUGCCACCGUCAGGGUGAUCGUCCUCGAUGUCAACGACAACACCCCCGUGAUCACUGCCCCGACUCUGGUCAAUGGGACAGCCGAGGUGUAUAUCCCCAGGAACGCCGGGGUUGGUUACUUAGUGACAGUGGUCAAGGCAGAUGACUAUGAUGAGGGGGAGAAUGGAAGACUGUCCUAUGAAAUGGCUGAUGGGGAUAGAGGGUUUUUUGAAAUAGAUCAGUUCAAUGGAGAGAUAAGGACCACCAGAGCUUUUGGAGAGACUGCAAAGACUACUUAUGAGCUGAUUGUGGUGGCCCACGAUCAUGGAAAAACCUCACUCUCCGCUUCUGCCUUGAUUUUGAUAUAUCUAUCUCCAGCUCUCGAUGCCCAGGAAUCCAUAGGAUCUGUUAACUUGUCACUGAUUUUCAUUAUUGCCCUGGGUUCUAUUGCUGCCAUUCUUUUUGUCACCAUGAUCUUUGUGGCCGUCAAGUGUAAAAGGGAUAACAAGGAAAUAAGGACCUACAACUGCAGAAUUGCAGAGUACUCCUAUGGGCAUCAAAAGAAAUCAAGCAAGAAGAAAAAAAUCAGCAAGAAUGAUAUCCGGCUGGUACCACGGGAUGUAGAGGAGACAGAUAAAAUGAAUGUGGUGAGCUGCUCCUCCCUCACUUCAUCUCUCAACUAUUUUGACUAUCAUCAGCAGACCUUGCCCCUGGGGUGCCGCAGAUCUGAAAGUACCUUCCUCAAUGUGGAGAAUCAGAACACUCGGAACACUGCAGGCUCCAACCACGUUUACCACCACACCUUCACCGGGCAGAGUCCCCAGCAACCCGAUCUGAUCAUCAAUGGGAUGCCGUUGCCGGAGACUGAAAACUACUCUUUUGAUUCCAACUACGUGAACAGCAGAGCCCACUUAAUAAAGAGCAGUUCAACUUUCAAGGACUUAGAGGGGAAUAGUCUGAAGGAUAGUGGGCACGAGGAGAGUGACCAGACUGACAGUGAACAUGAUGUCCAGCGUGGCCUGUACUGUGAUACUGCCGUCAAUGAUGUGCUGAACACCAGUGUGACUUCCAUGGGGUCUCAGAUGCCUGAACAAGAUCAGAGUGAAGGAUUUCAUUGUAGGGAAGAGUGUCGGAUCCUUGGUCACUCGGACAGAUGUUGGAUGCCCCGGAACUCUGUCCCCAGUCGUGCAAAAUCUCCUGAGCAUGGAAGGAACAUCAUGGCACUCUCUAUAGAAGCUACCACUGUGGAUACAGAGCCUUACGAAGACUGUGGUACCAAAAGAACUUUUGCAACGUUUGGCAAAGAUGGGAGCGAACCCCUUGCCGACGAGCGUAUCAUCAACCCGAAAGGCAAAAGAACAGUGGAUCUGCCUGUCUGCAGCCCAAAGGUAAAUGGCGCAGUCCGCGAGGCAGGGAACGGCUGCGAAGCUGUCAGCCCCAUCACAUCACCACUCCAUCUGAAGAGCCCCCUGUCUAGCAAACCUUCCGUAUCAUACAACAUAAUGCACUGCCCAGUAAAUCGCGACCUGGAGCAAUUUGUAAACAGUGGCCCUUCUCGGCCCACGGAAGCAGAGCCUAGAGGGGCGGACAGUGAAAAUAUAAUGCAUGAAAUUAAUCCACUUCUGCAAGAAUGUAGAGAAAAAGACUCACCAGGAGUGAAGAGACUAAAAGACGUAGUACUCUAAACGGCACCAUAUAAAAAGGAGAACCGACACUACUACAAGCGCAUAUUGUUUUUAAUUGCUUAACAACGGUUCACAAAUUGCUGUAUUUAAGAGCUUUCCCUAAAUGUAUUGUUUAUAAAUGAAGCUAUAUCGUUAAUGUGACAAUCCCCACUUAUUUCAGCCGCUAGCAGGGGUGUUCAGUUGAAGCAAAUUAGCUUAUUUUUCUUUUGUCAUGGGGUAGGAGUGAAGGUGAGACCAGUUGAGUUAUAAAGAAGUAUUAUGUAUGGAGUAUUUUCAAUUUAUAUAUUUUUAUAUAUCAAAACUCUAUUAUAAAUUGCCAUUCUUUGUAAUGAAUUGAAUUGAAACUUCCUUAUCUGACCGUCUUGAAUAAUCACCCUGACAUUUUUGUACUCUAUACAAUUUACUGGCCAUUUCUUGUGUACAACUGUUAAAAAAACAAUUCAAUGAGUUUUAAUAUUUGCCUAGCACAAGGCUGUUUGUACUUUAAAAUGUUGCUCUUUUGCUGUGGACACCCCUGCAUUAAGAAUCCUUUUGCUAUCACAUGCUUAUCUGUACUAUUAUUGUAUUUGAUAUUGCAAAUUACUGUAUGUCUAGUGAUGGCAAAAGGCUUUCAAGUUUUUACAAAACCCCCUCACAGAUAUAUUUAAAACUUGGGGAAAUUGCUAAUUUCAAAGUCAAUGUGAGGCGUGUUCUGCCCAUAUCCCAACACCCCCCAGGCCCUAUCCUUGUUUUCACAGUGCUACGAUCAUUGUGCGAAGUAAUUUAAGGGAUAUUCUGCUGCCUAAUUUGCAGUUGUCGGAUGCACUGUGCUGAACGUUUUGAGAUCCAUUUCUUUUUUCGUAACGUCAAGGCAUUGCAUGGAAAAGCUUCUCUGUAAGUUAUUAGUUUCCAGGUUUAGCUAUUCCCCGUCUCUAAUCAUCUCAAAGCAAGGGAAUUGUUUAACAGAUCUAAAUUAGCAUCUUGGUUAGAGACGCGCUUCCUGAUCAACAUUUCCAGUCAUGAUUACACUAAGUACCUGCGUGUGUGUAUGUAUCUCAUUAUGGGAUGGAUUUUAGAAUGAUAUUAUUUCUAUUUAUCCCUGCAUCAUGAGUAGGUGUAGUGUAAGCAAUAGAAGGGUAUUCGGGUAGGGCCAGACAGGUGAAGUAUAACAACACUAUUAAUGAAAUUAAUGUGCCUUCCAUAAGGAGAAGAAAAAAGUGAAUAAUUAUUUUUUUCUCAUAAUUAAGUACAGAUUUUAGGCUACAAAUUUGCACAUAUAAAACUGAUUUUUAAAAGACCAUUGGAGCUACUUGAACAGCCAUUUUGUAGAAAGGAGGAGCCAUAAAGAUUUUCACAGAAUUAUAUAUUCUCUGCUCUCCUGCACUACACAAUUGUUCCAACUGGGUUUGGGUGGGGGUGGAGGUACAGAAGAUGUUGGUUUGUGAAUUAGUAACACUUUAGUUUUCUACCCAAAAGAAUAUUAAUUCAUGCUUAAAAGUUCAUUAUAUGAGAGAGAGAGAGAGAAAGAGAGAGAAAGUACAGACAUUGCCAGUGUUUGUUCUGCGAAUGAACUGAAAAUAAUGGUUUCUAGAGAAACAGUUUUCCCACUACUAAUGUAUCUUGAUAACAUUCUCGUUACAUUGAUUUAUUUAAAUUAAAAAUGUCAUGAGGAAAACAGCCUCCAAUUGUUAUCAUCCUAAACACCAAAUAAGCUCCAGUCAUUUCUUUUCUUUAGAGAAGGUAGAUAACCUGAAUAUGGUUUUUAACUACUCCAAUUGGUACAUUUCCAGUAUGUCUUAUGGGUCCAGGAAUUUGAAAAUAAUCUAUCAAAAGGAACGUCUCAUGAAAUGACUAAAGCUUUCUUUAUUGGUGUUGAUUGCUACCUCAUGCAGAUGGAAUCCCCUGAGUUGGUGUGACUGCAUCUGUCCCUCUAAAAAUUGACCCAUGUGUCCUUUUCCCCCUUAAUUUUGGAGUUUGAUUCAUUUUUUAAAAAUAGUACGUUGUUUUUAUUCUAAUUUUUCAUAUCUGGGGUACUGUACUGCUGUCAUUAAAUAUAUAUAUAUUUUGCAAGUGGAUGUAUUAUAUGAGCAAUAGAAGGAACAGAUUGGUUUGGAGGUUUUUAAGUGACUGGACUGUCUAAUAUUAAGAUGGGUGUUUUGUUCUUUAUAAUGUUACCUGUUCAUUAACUUUUGAGAGCUUUAUUCAGUGAAAAUUCAUGUCCUUACUUACUGAACCAUAGAAGUUUCCUGGAUACCAUUGUUAGCUGCAGAAAUUAAUCCUAAUUGAUUGGCAGAAAAUUGCUUUAGAAGGAGUGUGUGUGUGUGUGUGUGUGUGUGUGUGUGUGUGUGUGUGUGUGUGUGUGUGUGAGAGAGAGAGAGAGAAAGAGAGAGCGAGCGCACGUGCACCAUAAUUCAGCAUCAGCCUAUGGUACUGUUCUCCCACCCUUCCAGCACACACUCUCCAGGCUCAUACGGGUAACCAAUGGCAAUCCUGAGACUUUUGACAUCAGGGGCCUCUACUUAGGAUGCUCAAAGUCUCUGGUUGCCUUAGGCUAGCUGACAGAAUGGGUUGAAGUUUUAUAUGAACUCUUUGCUGUCUUCUAGAGAACCCACAAAAAGGGCCUAGGUUUUUUCUGGAUUUUAUUGCUGGGGUUUUGUUACAAAAUCCAGCACGCUCAUUCUGUUUUCCCCAAGCUCAAUGAAAUUCUCCAUUCUAGUCUAAUUUUGAGAUUUUUUUCAAUCCCCCUCCUCGCCAAAUGUGACCAAUGGGUGGCGAUGUGUUGGUUACAACUGGUGUAAACUGAACCUAUCUGACCACUUGCUCCACUUCUCCUGACUUGAAAUGGGAGGUGUCGUUCUGCUUUGAAACGAACCAUUCACGUAACUCCUCAGAAGGAAAUGGCCAGAAGGCUUCCCUGAGGAGAGCCUCAGGCAUUCCCAGGAUGGCUUGUACGUGAUCGUCUAUGGAAUGGAGAGCAGCAGUCCACCAGGCAACAUGACAGAGGACUGUCUAGCCAAUUAGCAUGGAUUCUCCUCCAUCUACUACACUGUGCUGUGCAUAUGGGCCUUCCCACUCCUGUCUCACGGCCCUCCUCCUCCUAGCCAAAGAUAGGCCUGGUAGCGUGGCCCCCCAUUGCUGUAACUAGUGAAUAGAAAAUGGGAAGAGGAAUCCAGAGGAACGUGGGCCUCUGAUUGUGUCGCUGCCCCCAACUUAGCACUUAGAGGAAAAUAGAUGGUAACUGAAAAGACAAAUUAAACAUUCCUUGCUACUAGAAAUAAAAGCGCAGCCCAGAAAAUGUGGUAUAUUUCUAUGUACCAAAGGGAGUUCUAAGAGGUCAGUUAUCAACUCCCAGGAAACUAUUUAAACGGGUUUUUCCCCAUCCUGGCCUGCGCUGAAUGUUGGGAUCUUGAAUGCCUAAGGCACCUCCGUUACACGUUAUCACAUCAGAAGAAAGACCAGGCGAUGGACUGGGGAAGGUUUUAUCACCUGCUGAGUUCCCUUCCCUCUUUCAAAUAUCACCUAUUUCUAUUUACUUUCCCUCUCUCAUUAGAAAUCAGUUCAGAGCUUCUGGUUGAGCUGUAUUAUAAUUUUAAAAGCGUCAGAGGGGUAGCUGAGUCAGUCUGUAACAGGAAAAACUUAAAAAACCAACAAAUAGUCUAGUAGGGUCUUAACAGACUAACA